UGUUUCUACGUGGUGGUAAAAAUCUUCAGUCGCACACCGACUCACCCUUACGCUCACAACGAUGUAUCGCCGUGACGUUCCAGUGCGACGGGACCAACACUUGACUCCCUUGCAAGACCAAGUCACAUUAUACGUCUGCCCUCCGACCCGACCACUCGACCGUGACCAUCCCCCGAAAGAAGAAUCGUCAGUAACGUCGAUAAACGUCCGUGUGUUGUAAUUCUGUGGAUUUUGCAGUUUGCAAACUUAUUUGCACUUGUUGUUGAACUUGUCACAGUGAUGUGUAUCUUUUGCUGUGCAUCGUUACCGAGUUUGGGUGGUUAACAACAUUGUGAGCUGUCGAGACUUCGUGAAUUUGCAAAUCUCUUCGCUGUCACGGGUAUUCCUAUUUGACAGUUGAUAACUAUUACAGUUGAUGACUAUUAAUUUCCAAUUGACAAGUUCACACGUCAAGCGUGCGAACUUUAGGCUUUUAUAUGAGCUUGUUGUCAAGUUCGAUUCAUCGAGACCGCAAUCAAGAUUUUUGUGGAAGUUCGUGAUAUAAUUCAUUAAAUAUUUAUGGCGUUAGUUAAAUCCGCGAGGGCUAUUAACUCAAUAAUUUAGAUUUUUGAUCACUUGAAUCAAGAUUUGUAAAGACACCACGAGUGCAAAAUAAAAGCGAAUGUUCAGAACUCCUGUCACUGAAUUUUGUCAAUGAAGAAGAUAAUAUCUCCUUAAGAAGAAGUGCAGAAGAAAAUGUACUUGUCAUUGAGAAUCGAUCAAGUAUUUAUAUAGUGGACGUUCGGAACGUGACAGGAGACUCAAUUGAGGACCGAAAAGAAUGCUCUAGGAUGUUGUCUUCCUCAAUAUCGACUCCAUUCAGUGUUCGCGAUAUCCUCAACGAAGAUCAGCAACUCGGCGUUAUGGAUUGCUACUCGCAUCAUCAAAACCCAACUCAGCAACAGCAUGUACAUCAAGAUUAUUAUCCAUACAACGCAGUGCCCGAAAACAAUUGGGAAAUUGAUAAGUUUAAGGAGCAAUCGAUAUCCAGCUACCAGCAUUACCCGGAUCUCAAUCACGUUCACCAGUUGAGCCAGGUGGUGCCGCCUUAUGAGGAGACUUCUAUCACCGAGGACGGUAACAUCGUUACAUCUAGCAAGACAGAGCUGCGCAAAAGCCAGUCUGGCAAAAGAACGAAACGGAAGCCCCGAGUGUUAUUCUCACAAACACAGGUUUACGAGCUAGAGCAACGAUUCAAGCAGCAAAGAUACCUAAGCGCACCUGAGAGAGAGAUGUUGGCCCAGACUCUGAAGCUGACUAGCACACAAGUGAAGAUCUGGUUCCAGAAUCGACGGUACAAGAACAAACGUGCUCGGAUCGAAGACGCCGAGAAGCUACAAGCGCAAAACAUGAAGAAUCAACCCUUAAAGAAGAUCGCCGUGCCGAUUCUCAUCAAGGACGGCAAGCCUAACGUGCAGGAGACUUACAACGGCCCUUACUGGACGAACGUCCGAUCAGACUUGGCCGCCCCGAUGCAGGCGGACUUCAGAACGAACGAGCUUCGUCCCAGUCCCGAUUUCAGGUCUAACUCGACAAACGAGAUGCGAAUCGACUCCAGCAUUAGUCCGGAGUACAAAUCGGACUUGAACUCGGAAAUGCCCGGCAGGUCGAGCUUAAACGAUAUAGUAGAUAACAGACAGCACGUUCUAAGUUCGGAGUACAGAGGCAAUUUCGCGACGGAAACUUCAUCGAGCGUGCAUGAUUGCAAUCGACUGAUCAAAACGGAAUACAAGACGUGCGUGAACACCAAUGAGGCCACGCCGUUUCCAGAUCUGAAGGGUGUCCCGUCCGACAGCAAACAGCUUAUCAGCGAUAGGCGAAUGCCUAUGGACGUCUCUAACAGUGAAUAUGGGUUCUCAAGUUACCUCGGCCCGCCUAAUUACCAGAUGCAGUAUGUAAAUUAUAUGGAACAGGUACCUAUGGACCAGAAUUUACAACGACUAUGGUAAACGCGCCUUUACGAGAGAGGUUCAAUUUGGAUCAAUUGUUGAUAAGAACACAUUGAUAAAAUCCUUACUUCACUUCUUCUAAAUAAGAUAAAAAACCCAAUUAUUGUCAUCCCCCUUGUUCAUUGGAACUCUAGAAGAAUCUGGCUUUUCUUGCGACUAGUUGCGGUUAAACUUCUUGCCUGCACUUUAUGAUUCCAAAAGAGAUCUUUACAACUAAAGCUGUGAACAGAUGCCGUUGGUCGUAAGAAGAGUCAGGUUUUUCGAGAGUGCCAACAAGGCAUUAUAAGGGGGAUGCCAAUUAGGUGCCAAUUACCGUAGCGUUGAAUCGUUCUUGAAAAACUGUCACUGCAAAUCCAAGUGUAUUGUUUUCAAAUACAUAAACAUGUAAUUUAACUAAAGCUUUCGUUAUAUAUGAUUUCAAAUGAUAAGAAACAUGUAGAAAGAAAUUCAGUCAAAAUAACACAUUUGGAUUUGUAGUGUUCACAUUUGCCGAUGAAUGUUAAAAUUUCACUACCAAUCAUGUGUGAGAGACUAGUAUCGACAAGCAACCAGAUCAUUUUGAUUCUGAACGGAAUAAAAUAGCGACUUUGUGACAGAGUAAGAUAGUCUAAAGAUACUUUAAUUUUACCAUUAAGUAUUAUGAACGGGCUACUUUAUGCCCGAUACACAAUAAAGAUAAGAGAUACUCGUUAAUCUCAUAUUUUACGUUUAUUUAAAAAGGUAUACAUAAGUUAUUCGAUUUUAAACGCGCCGAGCGAAGAAUCAUCAACGAGUGAUCAGCGAGAGAGAAAUAAUGUACCAAAGAAGUUAACCAAAUAUGUAUUCUGUAUAUUUACAUAAAUUUCGACGACACGUAAACGAUUAACUUUACGUUAUAAGUACGCUACUUAGAGGGUAAGUUGACGAUAGGAUAUUGGCAGCUGUUACUUUUUUUACUCGGCUAAGAUUUUCCCUCCGAAGUGGCAACGCGUCAUACAGAAGAGCGGAAGUCGCUCCAAGUGGUCUUUGCGGAAACACCGAGCGCUUUUCCGCCUCGUUAGGUAUCCCGAGGAAGUUUUUUUUCUCGACUUUCAAGUGCAGACGCUAGUUGUGCAAUAAAUUAAUUUCGUCGAGACGCCACUUCGCCAAGUGAGAACCGAAGUGUAUGGUGCAUUAUUGUUGCCGACGUCAACGAGGAACGCUCGGUUUUCCAUUAAACACACAUCGAACAUGAAUAUAAAUAUCGCGUUUCUCUUUAAUAUACGCAUUUAUUUUACUUUAGAAUCGCUCCGACCUUGGAUAUGAAUCUUUCCGUGUUAUACACGUAGGAUUAAUCUGUGACAGAAUAAACAAAUUUACGAGAA